GGUGUGUUAGUCCCCUUGGAUGAGCACACACACGGCUGGGGAUGCAGCUGGGAGCAUGAGUUCUGACCGAGAGGAGUAUGACAUGGUCUGUCAGAAAGCUGUGACCCUAAUUGUUGACCUUUGCCUGCACAACAGCUCACUGUUGGAUCAGGACACCUGUCAGGAUUACCUCUUUCUGUUGUCCAGCCACAGCUCUGACCGCAAAGAAGUGGACGCUUCUUUUGGCCUCCUGCUCUGUGUGUUUGUGGUCUGCGGCCUGGCUCUGUUGGGCCUUCUUACAUUCAUCUCCUGGAAGCUGUGCUGUGUGCCUUGGCGAGCUAAGGCCCAUUUCCCCGGUCCGUCCCUUACUGCGCCCUGUGACCUAGAGGACUGCCCAAUCCAGCCGCCUCUCCUUCUGCCUAGUCCCCAGCAGCCACUGGUCACCAUGGCGACAGAGAAGGUGAAGGACCCCAUGGGUUCGAUGGGUUUCCUGGAGGCGGCAGUGAAGAUAAGCCAUACAUCUCCCGACAUCCCCACCGAUGUGCAGCUCUCCAUGAGGGAGCACUUCCUGCGCCGCACGCAACGCAUGCAGAGGCAAACCACUGAGCCGGCUUCCUCCACUAGGCACAAUUCAUUUAAAAGACACCUGCCCAGGCAGAUGCAGGUAGGAAGCCUAGACCUGGGAAAUGACUACAUGGUGGACAAUGAAGAAAAGCCCACCAGCAUUGGCCGCAUCCAGCCAGAGCUCUACCAACAGAAGACCCUGGAGUCAGAGGAUUCGUCCAAGAACGGCAGCAGCAAAAACUGUGGCAGGAUAAACUUCUCUCUCAAGUACGACUACGAAAACGAGGCCCUCAUAGUCAACAUCAUCAAGGCAGCAGACCUACCUGCCAAAGACUUAUGCGGCACAUCCGACCCUUAUGUGAAGGUUUACCUGCUGCCCGACCGCAAGAAGUUCCAGACUCGCGUCCACCGGAAGACGCUCAACCCCACAUUCAGUGAGAGCUUCCAGUUUCCUGUGCCUUACGAGGAGCUGGCAGUCAGGAAGCUCCAUAUGAGCGUCUUUGACUUCGACCGGUUUUCAAGGCAUGAUAUGAUCGGGGAGGUGGUGCUGGACAACUUGUUUGAGACAUCAGACCUCUCCAGGGAGACGAACAUAUGGAGGGACAUCCAAUAUGCCACCAGUGAAAGUGUCGACCUUGGGGAGAUCAUGUUCUCACUAUGCUACCUGCCCACCGCAGGCAGACUCACACUUACUGUCAUCAAGUGCAGAAACCUCAAGGCCAUGGACAUCACUGGAUACUCAGAUCCCUAUGUCAAAGUGUCGCUCAUAUGUGACGGGAGACGUUUGAAAAAGAAGAAGACGAGCAUAAAGAAGAACACUCUGAAUCCCACCUACAAUGAGGCCAUUAUCUUUGACAUCCCGCCAGACAGUAUGGACCAUGUCAGCCUGCACAUCUCUGUCAUGGACUACGACUUGGUAGGUCAUAAUGAGAUCAUUGGUGUGAUGAGGGUUGGAUGUCAUGCCGAGGGACUUGGCAGGGACCACUGGAACGAAAUGCUGGCUUAUCCACGCAAGCCCAUUGCACACUGGCACCCCCUGCUGGAGUCCAAGAAGUCUGAGAAAGAGUGGAAGGCGAGGACAGCCAGCUUUGACAGCCAAGGCUCCUGCCCCUCACCCAGGCCCCCCGCUAGUCCCUGAGCAGAGCCACCUGUGACCCAGCAGCCCAGAAGGGGGUUUCCUCCCUCCUGCUGAUCCACUUCCUGUCUGUAUGAUCGAGGAGAAACACAACCCCACUGUCUC